UUUCCUUUUCGAUUUCUUUUUCUUUUUGUUCCCUCUUCAUUGUAUUCCUAUUUCUGUUCCUAUUCCUAUUCCUAUUUCUACUUCCCAUUUUUACCUCUACUUGUCUUGACAAUGCUGAAGAGUCUUGUCCAUGCCCGAGGCAAGGAUAUAUUUCGAGCACCAAUGCUUCAGACAUCCAAUUGGCCAAUCAGAAUCACACGCCACUCUGUCUUUACGUCUCUGUCCUUUCCAUUCGUUUCAUUUCCAAUUCAUUACUCUUCUUUUUCAGUCAACAACUCCACGCUGUUUCAUUAAAAUAAAACCAAAACACCAUUCUCUUUCUUUUUUAUUCUUUAUCUUCAUCUUUACUUUUAUCUUUCUUCUUUCAUGUUCAAAUACGUCAAGGACAUCCUCGAGUCCAUUCGACAAGUUUCUGAGGACGACCUCUUUGAGGCUCAUGUCUCUCAUCGACAACAUGUUCCACGCAUGCGCAUUCGAAACAGCACAUCUCAUCCCUCUGCCUUGGCCUCCAAAGCAGUUGUACCCCAACAGCGCCAUAUGCUACUCCAUUCGUCUUGUCUUAAUCCUUUGGCAAAGGUACCAUCACCAUUAUGUGCUUCGGGCCGGUCAGAGUCCGAUCUGUCCACUCAGAAACGAGCCUUUCAACUGCCUUAUGAGAUCAUCAUGCUCGUCUUUCAGUAUCUCCCUGCUUCGGACCUCUUUUCAGUCGUUGCAGUCAACCGACUUUGGCGUCAGAUUGCCUUAACAGAGACCAGACAUAUCGAUCUUUCCGAAUGUUUCCCGAUGGAUUGCCUCGGUCUUGGUUUAAAUAAGGAGGAGGUCUACAGUGAUUUUGAUUUUGUGUUCAAUCUCUUCUCCAUGUUUCCUCGGAUCUCUAGUCUUGUGAUCAGGGAUCGGUACAUGCGUGAUCGAGAUUUAAGGGUCGUCACCGCAGGUAUUCUGGCGGGCAAAAUGGCCUUUACAACAGCUACAUCGGGCCCCCCUGUCGGAAGUGAAGCAUAUCUCAACGCUCAGCAAGCCAUUGCACGUCGAAAACAACACCAACAUCAACAAGCACCAAUUCAAGUUCAAAGUCAACAAAGACCGGAUCAACUAUUUUUGAUCAAAUCUACUACACAAGAUUUCGAACCAUUCUUACCAACUUCGUCGUUAACCUCAUCCACAAAGCCACUUACUAAAGUAAUGCGAGGAACUAUCAACGAAGAGCUUCGCGAAUUUUCCCGCUCUGUAGGAACCUACGUGUUAAUUCCUCGAACCAGGAACACUCUCCGCAAAAAGAUCCUUGAGCGAUUCGAACGAAACUUGGAACAGAAGGAGAUCCAGGAGUACUGCUGGAUGAUCGAGAACGGUUUUGAUCCCUGUACAUUCUUAUCUUCAACAGCAUCGUCCUUUAUUACAAAAUCUACGCAUUCAGACUUGAUCAAUGGAUCAAAAGGGUAUCCUUUGGUCCCCAUGACACAUUAUCGGUUCCAGGAUUGCUGCUUUGCCAACGACUGGGGCGCUGUGAUGGACGUUAACAAAUUGCCUAUGAUCGGACUCGCAGCAGCGAUCUCGGGCCAAGGACUCGUUGUGGACCUAGAAGGUUCCUAUGGUGCGCCGUCCAGGAGCAUCAAAUCAAUGCUAGGGUUUUGUUUCGGAGCGCGCUGUGUACUUUCCCUGGACCUUGGGUUCCGCCACACCCAUAUGGAGUUGGAAGAUGUCAUUGAACUACUGAGCGAAAACCCGAUUCUCUACAAGAUCGAUAUUGUAGAUUCGCCUGCAUAUCAUGAAUUGAUCCGCUUACCUGCAUUGCGAGGAUUUGGUAAUCUCUUGGAGCGAAUGCAGGAAGCCUGCUUGAAUUUGGAUGAGAGGGAACUGGAUCUUGCGCUUCAGCAGGCGAAGCAGCUCUUGGUAGAGUUGAAAACUGCGCUCGAUCAGGAGGAAGCAGCUCAUAAGGAUAGAUCGAUACAUUUACGUGAGUCGUCAUCUUCACCACUAUCAGCACCAUUAUCAUCACCAUUACCAUCAAGAAGCUUAGGUCUCCCUGUGGAUUCGCCUUUGAAUAACUAUAGCGACUUGAGUAGACCAAUGGAAUCACUGUUAGGACAACUCGAGUUUCCGGAAGAUACUUCAGAGAAAGAUAAACUCAGGACGGUUGAAGUGCUCCUUAAGGGUGUUAUCCACCAUGGUAUUGUAGGCUUGAUCAACACGAGGGACCAUAAUUCUGGACAAGCGCUACUACACAUGCUGGCAUGGCGGCGCUCUUAUUCGUCAACAAUGGCCGCUCUUGCCAUGAAUCCAUCGUCCUCUCCUAAAGAAGGAGGCAAUAUAUUGAAAGAAUUAACACCACAGUCUCUUUUACAACAACCGACUUCACCCUUCUUGCUCUCCUCUUCAUUUCCACGACAUUGUCCCUCUUCAACUUUGACUUCAACAGGCUUGGGUGCAGGAGGAUUUGUCUCAUCUACUCUUCAGACGUUGUCUGGUUCCUUAGAAUCGGCUGAAGACCCUAUGCCAUCAUCAUCAUUAUCUGGUUUAUCGUCGCUUAUUUCCAUCAGAUCCAUACCAGCAGUGCUUAGCUCUGCACUGUCAUUCCGACGCCUCAGUCUCCCGUCGACUCUGUGGAUUCCGGAGGAUAGUGAAGACAUUGGCGUAGGUGGGGGAACGUAUCCAACGCCGGAUGAAGAAGAUACGUAUGUAAACGGCUAUUUUGAUGCCGGAGAUCUGCUGGAGAACAACAAUAGCAACAGCAAUAGCGUAGUGAUGCAGGGCCCCUCGCCUGUAGAAGGAAAGCAGAGACAGGUUGAGGGAGCAAUUGAUGCACUUGUUGAAGGAAGCCAGCCAGGGAUACCAACGCCAUGCACAACACCUCCGAUGCCAGCAACAAAAGCAAAAGUGACAACCACGUCAGAAUCCCUAUCUGCAACAGAGCCGGAAAUACCUGAGCACCAUCCCGUGGCAGUGGCACUGCGAAUGGCUAAAAGGCUGCUAGAAUUGAAGGCAGAUCCGAAUGUAUAUAAUAAGGAUGGUCGAUCAGCGGUUGUCUGUGCAUCCUACAUGGGGUUCCAACCGAUGGAGGCCCUGUUGAUUGAAUAUGGCGGAUAUUCGAAAGAACUUAUUAGGAUCCGAGAGACCAUGUAGAGUGGAUUACUCGCAUG